CAGCCUGGCAACGCGUACAUAUUGGAGCACGUCGCCGUUUUUCGUUAUUUCUGGCUUCCUGAACUUUUCAUCGCUCAAGUAACCUCCCAAGACCAUCCAAAGACCAACGCCCAUUUUGCCCAGGAGAAACUUCAGAUUGCCAAUAGCCCAACAUGGUCAAGGUCGGCAUCAACGGAUUUGGCCGUAUCGGCCGCAUUGUCUUCCGCAAUGCCGUCGAGCACCCCGACUGCGAGAUCGUCGCCGUCAACGACCCCUUCAUUGAGGUCACCUACGCCAAAUACAUGCUCGAGUACGACUCGACCCACGGUCGUUUCAAGGGCGAGGUCGCUGUCGACGGCACCGACCUGGUCGUCAACGGGAAGAAGGUCAAGUUCUACUCGGAGAGGGAUCCCGCCAACAUCCCCUGGAAGGAGACUGGCGUCCAGUACGUUGUUGAGUCCACCGGUGUCUUCACCACGAUCGACAAGGCCAGCGCCCAUCUGAAGGGCGGUGCCAAGAAGGUCAUCAUCUCGGCCCCUUCGGCCGAUGCCCCCAUGUACGUGAUGGGUGUCAACGAGAAGUCGUACGACGGCAGCGCCAACGUCAUCUCCAACGCCUCAUGCACCACCAACUGCCUGGCUCCCCUGGCCAAGGUCAUCAACGACAAGUUCACCAUCAUCGAGGGUCUCAUGACCACCGUCCACUCCUACACCGCCACCCAGAAGACCGUCGACGGCCCCUCGGGCAAGGACUGGCGCGGUGGCCGUGGUGCUGCCCAGAACAUCAUCCCCAGCAGCACUGGUGCCGCCAAGGCUGUCGGCAAGGUCAUCCCCGAGCUCAACGGCAAGCUCACGGGCAUGUCGAUGCGCGUUCCCACCGCCAACGUCUCUGUUGUCGACCUGACUGCCCGCAUCGAGAAGGGUGCCACAUACGACCAGAUCAAGGCUGCCCUGAAGGAGGCCUCUGAGGGCGAGCUCAAGGGCAUCCUCGCUUACACCGAGGACGACGUCGUCUCUUCGGACAUGAUCGGCCACAACGCCUCGUCCAUCUUCGACGCCAAGGCCGGUAUCUCCCUCAACAACAACUUCGUCAAGCUGGUCAGCUGGUACGACAACGAGUGGGGCUACAGCCGUCGUGUCCUUGACCUGCUUUCGUAUGUCGCCAAGGUUGACGCCUCCAAGUAGACCUGCCCGCGCCUCGACAGGAAUCAGGUUGGGUGAAAGGAGCUUGCCAGCAUGGCCUGAAAUAUGACGCAUCAAUGAACAAAAAAUAAUAAUGAACUAAGGAUGGCUGGAAUGCCAUCUGUGGUCUGGUAUGGGUGGAAAUAAGGGUGCUUUGUUUGCCGCGUGCUUCACCCAUCACACUUACCGCCCGUAGAAUAGACAUAGCCGAGAUGAAAAGAAGUCUGCGAUGUUUGCUCUAUGACGGUAUCGGAAUGAUCUCGGGUGCAGCC